AUGCCAAAUUUUUGUUAUGAAUUACGAACAGUCAAUUUACUUGGAUGUUUUAUCACUGAUGAUACGGUAGCUGAUCUCGCAGCUGGUUGCUCACAAUUGGAAUACCUAUGCUUAUCAUCUUGUACGCAAAUUACCGACAGGGCACUUAUCUCUCUUGCUAAUGGAUGUCAUAGAUUAAAGGAUCUCGAGUUGUCCGGAUGUUCCCUGUUGACAGAUCAAGGUUUCAGUAUUUUAGCUAAAAACUGUCAUGAAUUGGAAAGGAUGGAUUUGGAGGAUUGUUCAUUGUUAACUGAUAUUACAUUGGAUAAUUUCAGCAAGGGAUGCCCAUGUCUUCUUAAUUUGAGUCUUUCACACUGUGAACUUAUCACCGAUGCGGGUUUGCGACAACUUUGUUUGAAUUAUCAUUUAAAAGAUCGAAUGCAAAUAUUAGAGCUGGAUAAUUGUCCUCAAAUCACAGAUAUUAGCCUAGAUUACAUGAGACAAGUGCGCACCUUGCAACGAGUUGAUCUAUACGAUUGCCAAAAUAUUACCAAAGAUGCCAUUAAACGCUUUAAGAACUUUAAACCAGACGUGGAGGUGCACGCAUACUUUGCACCUGCUACGCCACCCACGUCAGCGCAACCAACCCGAAGAGCCAUAUGUCGUUGUUGUACGAUCUUAUGA